UAUUUUGUUCUAAUGAUUAGUUGUACAAGCAAGAAUACUUUUGCAAAAAACAUAGUUUAUUUAUUCUUUUAGGUGAAUGCAUUUUUCCGAUUCCACUAGAAAUUCUUUGCCCCAAGAAAAAGGUUGAAUAAGACUGUGAAAUAUAAUACCCUUGCGCAGACAUACUUUAGCUUCGUUCCAUCGUUCAAGUACGACGCGGUUUUAAAAAGAAAAAAUAUUUGUCUAUGUUCUGAUUGUGAUUGUGUGAUUGGCGCUAUUUUGCGUUUUUAUUUUAGAUUUAAGUAUUUUAGCAGUGUAAUUUGUGUCAAGUAUGAAAUACUAGUUUCAAAAUAGUCUUCUCGAGUGUGGUUAAUCAUACUAAAAGCUUCGUACAAGAUCGUUCAAUGGGUUCCUUAACAUAAAACCUGCCAGAAGCUUCAUUUGAAGCCUUUAGUGUUAGUUGUCAUUGAGGAAUUGAAUGGCUAUGUAUUAUUACGCAAGUAAACUGAAUGAAGCCUCAUGUAGUGGGUGCAAUAUGAAAGUGCCCCCAGCCCCCUCCGAGCCGGCCCCUGUGCCACCACCACCCACCGAUCUCGCUCCACUACCACCAGACCCAUCUCUCCUGCAUGGAACGGGCCUUUCUUAUUAUGAUAAUGAUGACUACUACUCAAUGGUGAGAGGCAACAAGUUCAUGUCUGAGAGUACAUGCAAACAUAUUGUAAUGAAUGGGGGAAUCAACUUUGUUUCUACUCAGAAAGUAGAAAAUCCACAGUUAUCAGCUGUGCUACCAUCUGGUGUGAAGUCCUUAGCAACUCUGCCAUACAUGAACUGUGCAUCUGACAAGCCAGAGGUUGAGUACAGAGAUGGUCAGAUUGUGAGUGCCACUCUAGAGGCUCUGGUAGAUAUGUUGCGACCAGGGGCCAGCAAAGCAUUUACAUUCACAUUCCUACUAUGUUCACGGCUAUUUGUAAAACCGCAUGAACUACUGAACAAGCUCUGCAAGCGCUACUUUAAAAGCUAUGAGAAAAUAGGAAAGUCAGAAAUGAAAGAUUUGGUAGAGAAAGAACUUGGUGACAUGAUAUCCCUUGUGAGGGUGCUAAGCCAGUGGACCAGCAUGUUUCCUUACGAUUUUCGUGACGACAGGGUUAUGGCUCUUGUACGCAGUAUAACUCAAAGAUGUGCAGCAGAUCAUAUGACUUCAGUAAGAGUAGAGAUGUCGACGACACUGGAAAAACUGCUUGAUAAGUUGACUGCACUUGAACAAUAUGAAGAGACCUUAACUGAACCACCUCAGGUGUCGUCUUUGGACCAGUUGAUGCAGGGCGACAUUCUGACCCUCGGCCUCACUCCAGUCGAAUUAGCGAACCAGUUGACCAUUGUAGAGCUGCACAGGCUAUCCUUUGUUGGCCCUGAAGAGUUUGUGCAAACAUUUGCACCAACACAACCGCCACAAUCUUCAUCAUCAUGUGGUAAAACCUCUAUCAGCUUACAUCACAUAGAAACUAAAAGCACGCGGAAUUUGGAAGCAUACGCUGAUUGGUUUAACAGACUCAGUUAUUUAGUGGCAACUGAUAUUAUAAAGGCUGUUAAAAGCAAAUACCGGGCUCGAGUGAUUGAACAGUGGGUGAUGACAGCCAGAGAGUGUUUCAAUCUUGGGAACUUUAACUCGCUCAUGGCCAUUAUAAGCGCAUUGAAUAUGUCACCAGUGACGCGACUUAAGAAGACGUGGAGCCGAACAUCAGCUGUAUGUGGUCAGCAACUGAGGCAGCUAGAACUUUGUGUCGAGCCUAGUGGAAAUCACGCAAGAUACCGCGCAGCAUUGGCCGCGGCACCCAGUGAGACGGCCGUGCCGCUACUCUCUGUAACAUGCCGAGAUCUACAUUUCGCUAACCAAGGCUCUCCCUCGAAGUUGCCUGGAAAUCGAGUGAACUUCGAGAAAUGUUUGUUGCUGGGUCGCUAUGUCAAUAUUCAGCUGGCUAGCCGACAGCUAACUGUCGAGGGGACUCCUGUCACCUCACAUCCUUCUCCCCACAUCUCAGUGUGGCGCUUCCUUAACGAUAGACCUACACUCACUGAGAUUGCUCUGGAAAUCAUAUCGUUUGAGCGCGAGCCUCCGGUGGACCAUCAAGAAAAAGAGCGGUUGAAGCGCCUACGAGGCGCUACUUAAAUUAAAUACAAACCUCGUAUUUGUGAUCGGGAUUCCGAUAUUUUUUUAAGUUAAACCCGGUUAUGGGUGACGCCCACCAAGCGUUAUGUGUUCUACUCUUAAACUCAUUACGUCAUCGUAUGUUAUGUCUUAUCUCGAGGGUAAAGGUACCUAUGUACUUGGUUUCAUUUAAGUCACGUUAUACUUUAUUUUAAAACUAAUGCAAACGCAUCCACUUGAUUUUAAACAUUAUCCAAAAUCAAUAUUUUAUUACACUUUGAUAUAAUGAUCUCACGAUAUAUAUAGGAAAAUCUAGAAAUUAUUAUUAAAUAGCUUCACUUAAAUCCCCUUUCAGGGGAACCACCCUUAGGGAAAUGAUAAUAUGAGAUUACUAUACUGUCACAAUUUUUACUGGAUCCGCGAGGUAACCGACCAACGAUAGUCAUAUCAACAAACUGCUCAAUAUGUGUAUUAACAUUUUAAUUUUACAUUUUGCAGCUACAGAAUGUGUGUACCAAACAGUUUAGUAUUUUUUGUGUAGUUUUAGAGUAGGUAUAAUGUGAUUAUGAGGAUUCGUAUUUUUUAAUAUCGUCAUAAUUCAUAAUAUUGCAUACGUAUGCAACUAGCCGGAGCACCGGGCUAGUGAGAAGAUUUUUAAAAAGAAGUCGGUUGAUAAUGAAACUAUGGAAUUUACUACAUUGACACUAAGUAUGAAAUACGUGUAAUUUAAAUUAUUUCCAUGACUCCUUAAUCUUCAUUUAUGAGGCCAUUUAAAUCCAAGUUCCUUACACAUCAGUAUUUAGCUACCUGUUAAAUCUCGCCAUUAUGAUGAAUCUCGUAAUGUAAGUACUUAAUAUUUAUUUUUUACUUUUUGCAUUCUGAAAAUUGAUCUCAUGUAUUUGAAUUAUUUUUUGUGAACUUGUGUUCAAGUGUUAAACGUGUAUUCGAAUGUGUAUAUGUGCGACGGAUAUUUAUGUAUAUUUGGUGUAGUAUAUGCAUUUAUUGUGCAGUACAAUACAUUGCACGAGCUCCUGUUGUUUUCCUUUUGAUGUCUCAAAAAUGGCAGUUAUUAUCCUGUUUUUUUUUUCUUUUUAGUUUGUAUCAAUUUUAUUUAAAUUGAUGUUCAUUAAUGUUUUAUUAAAUAGUUGAUACAUUUGUGGUGAUUAUCUACGCAUGAUUAAGAUGUUUACUUGGUCGUUAAUAUAUUUAAAUAAAUGUCUACUUAAAGUCUCGGACCCAAGUUAACUGAAUUAUAUUGUCAGCAUGGGUAAUAUAUUUAAUGAUUAAUAUUUGAAACAAAAUGAUUCUUAUAUGCAUCUAUGUGUUAUGAAUGUAGUGACUAUGUACCUAUUUAAAGUCUAUGUGUCAUAUCACAUAUAGAAUUAGUGUUUACUGCUCGGUAAUCGUUGUUUUUUAACUAUAUUUUUACGUAAAAAUGUGUUCACGGCUAUUACCUUUAAGCAACAUUUGUACUUAAUUCUUUACGUACUUAAUACUCAUUUAACAUAAAUUAUUUUGUAAGUUUUCGAAGGUUUUCAGCAAUGUUAUGUGUACAAAUAAGUUGCCAUGUUAGGGUUAGAACUAACUUCUGAAUAAUUUAUACUGCCUGUGGCCCCCUUUAUCUCGUAUUAUCGUAAUGGAUACGAUUCCACCUCUACUUAAUGUAAGUUCACAAAUAGGUAACAUAACACCAACUACACUGUGACUCUGGAGUCAGCAGGAGUAAACAAAACACUUAAUUUAUUUAUACCUAGUUAGUAUCUAGUUCAUUCUUCUGUAUUAAUAGAUCGACCUUAUUUCUCUACCCUGGUUACCUUAUUACAUUCCAAUACAAUGAUUGACUAGACCAGUAUUAAGGAGGCAGCUAGAAACAGUAUUGGAUAUUAUUUCAAGUAUAUUUAUUGCGAUCGAAUCCUAAUUUGUAUAUUUAAAUUUGACUGUCGAAACUUUACAAGAUUAUUGAAAUUUUCAACUCAAUUUGAAGAUAUUCAUUAGAAAUAUAUUUUUACUUACCUACUAUUAUGCAAUAAACAUUGAUGCUUACAAAUGGCCCCAAUUAAUUUUUACCCAAAUGUAAAUAAAAGAAAUAUUAGAUUUGUGUAUUUCACUUUUACGUGUAGAUGUAGAUACUGUUGUAACCAGUUUCAAAGCCAGUCACACAAGCCCACCCCUCAGUUGUUAUCCACGACAUAGGUCUUCUUACAGUGAUAUGUGAUUGAUCAAAAGCAAGUUUUAUUAAUACAAUGAAACCUGGUUAAGUGAGACAUCAAGGGACCUGCAAUGUCGUUUCACUUAAAGAGGU